AUGCAAAUCUAAGGUCACAGAGGUGGGUUUCAGCCUGAAAACACCAUGAAAUGCUUUGGCUAAGCCAUUGAAGCAGGUAUAGAGGCAAUAGAAAUAGACAUUUGGCUAACAAAUGAUGGAGUUCCAAUUAUUUUACAUGGAGGUGAUAACGGUGAAUUGAAUCAUCAUUUUGAAUUUUAAGACACUCACUAUAUCUUUGAAAAGUCCUACUCAGAAUUACUGUAGUAUGACUUGGGAGAUGGUCAAAAGAUACCAACAUUAGAGGACCUUAUCAUAUUUAACCAGAAAAGACUGUUCAUAAACAUCGAACUUAAGGUCCCAAGAGAAGAAAACGUAAAAAGUAGAUACAAUUACUUAAAAUGCUCUGAAAAAAUAUUUGAGCUUAUUAAGAAGCACAAUAUCAGCUAGAACCAUAUUGAGACUAUUUACCUGAUGAAUUUCCAUCAAGAACCGCUUCCUGAACCUAGUGCAUAUACAGACUUAGGUCAUGGAAUUAAUGUCUCAAGUAAAUAUAUUACUCAAGAGGUAGUCGAUCUAUGCCACAUGAAUGGAUAGAAAGUUGGAGUAUGGGUUAGCUCUAAAGUUGAGAUUGAGAGCGAUGUGAUGUACGAGAGGCUACUGAAAAUGGGUGUGGAUUUCGUUUGCUCAGACUACCCAUUAUCAGUAUUAGCAGCUUAGACUAGAUAUCACGAGAUUCAUACUCUGAUGAAUUCUGAUUUGGAAUGUAUUAGCGACUAGUCUUGUUUUUCAGAGACAAUUGAAGACAUCACAAAUUUCGAGUCUGAUCAGAUUUAUUCAGAAUCAGGAAGUGAGAAAUACUUUAUAGAUUCGCAAAUUAGCAGCAGCAACUAUUUGCCUAUCUAUGAAAGUGAGUGA